AUGCUGUGCAGUUGCAAACAUAUUGCAAGGUUGUCAGAAAAUGGAGAGGAAUAUGCCCAAGCCAUUAAACAAUGUCACCAGAGGGCAGCAGACAGGAUUGUAGUGGGAGCAGUUGACAAUGGAGGGCUUUACAUCAAGCUAGGGCAAGGUCUUGCUUGUUUUAAUCAUAUUCUGCCACGGGAAUACACAGAGACUCUUCAAGUACUACAAGACAAGGCUCUUCGAAGGAAACAUGGAGAGGCUGAUGAGCUUUUCCUUGAGGACUUUGGUAAGAAAGCUCAUGAGUUAUUCCUGGAGUUUGAUUACAAUCCCAUAGCAGCUGCUAGUCUGGCCCAGGUGCACCGAGCUGUGAGGCAUGAUGGCAGAGAGGUGGCGGUCAAGGCAAGAAACUUUGACAUGCUGCAGUUGUUGUUGUCAACUGCUGCUGUUAUUUUUUGCUCUUGCUGUUGUUGCCUCUUCCAUGUCCUGCGUUUACUAAGCUUAAUUUUCCUCUCUAUCGUAGUUCUUGUAAGGAAAGGCAAAGACAAUAAAGCUGAAAUAGUGAUUAUUGACCAUGGGCUUUACGAGACACUUCAACCCAGGGACAGAGUUGCCUUGUGCCUACUGUGGAAGUCCAUCGUGUUGAAUGACCAGGAUCGCAUGCAACAUUUCAGUAAACAACUUGGAGUAGAUGAUUAUGAAAACUUUUGCCAGAUCCUUCUUCAGCGACCGUUUGUGUGGGGAAGCGCUGGCAUGUUAUUCACAUCACGAGUAACAGACGAAGACUUGGAAAUCAUGACAAAACUCGCUCAAGGACACUUUGAGAAAGUGAUUAUCAUUCUUAGGCAGCUCCCGAGAAGCAUGCUUCUCGUUUUCAGGUGCUUAUUAAGUGAAAGCAUUUGUCCAAACAAUUGUGACACAAUUGUGACACAAUAA